UACGUGAGCAUAUAAAAAGGAAUAAAUAUUAUUCUUUAAGAUGUCUGCGUUAGUUACUCGAAGUCUGAGUUCUUCUUAUAUGCUGCGUCCACAUCCUAUGCUUACAUCGGUAGUUGUCAAAUUUCCGGUGAUACAAAGACCUUCAUGUGAUCUUUAUAUGUCUGAUACUUGCAGCCGGUGCUACUCACGAAAGCCCUAUUCUUUUGUAAAAUCUCUACACAUCUCAACAAUUUACAAUACACAGGUUAACCAACCUAAACAAGAAAAAGAUAACAGUGAUGAACUGCAGCAAAAAAUACAGAAACAAGAAAGUUCUAGUUGCCCUCCGCCAACUAAAGUUUCUCUCUUCCAAAAAUUCAAACAAAUGUACAAGGAUUACUGGUAUGUCCUAAUCCCUGUACACGUUGCUACCUCUGCAGUCUGGGCAGGUGGAUUCUACUUUGCAGUUAAGAAUGGACUAGAUGUGGUGCAGUUACUGGAAAGUUUAGGAAUCAGUGAAAAAAUAAUAAGCCCACUUAGAACUUCAAGUGUGGGCUAUUAUGCUCUUACCUAUGCCCUGUACAAAGUUGCCAGUCCUGCUCGAUAUGCUGUAACUAUUGGAGGUACCACACUUUCCAUUAACUAUCUUACACAGUGGGGGUAUAUUAAACCAGCAUCCACUGAGCAAAUGCAGGUGUUUUACGAGACACGUAAGGCUGAAUUUGAUAAGCAACGUGAUGACAUACGACGAAAAUUCAGACAACAUAGGACAGAUUUCAAGAAAAGAAUGAAUUUUGGCAAAAAACGAGUUAAGAAAUGAAGUGCUUAUUAAGU